AUGUCAGCCAUCACCAACUCCAUCGCCCGCACUGUGCGCUCCACUCCAUCUGUUCGCUCCUUCUCCAUCGCAGCACGGAGAAUGGCAGGCGGCGAUACCGGCGCUACUCGCUCCGGUGGUGCAGCCCAGGGUGACGCCUUCACCAAGAGAGAGAAGGCCAACGAGGAUCUCUUUGUCCGUGAACAGGAGAAGCAUAAGCUCGAGCAGCUGAAGAAGAAGAUUCAGGAUCAGGAGUCAGCGCUUGAGAAAGAUCGUGCGGAGGCGGAAAAGCUUUCCGGCAAGAAAUAA